UUAUUAUGAUAAAUGUUUCUUCCAGAUGGUGGUGGUGUCAGAUGAUGUCCAUGAGUACGCCGUCGCACUGAAGGACACCGAGGAGAAGAUUGCACGAUGCCCCGCCAGAAGACCAGACAUCCUGGAGGAGCUCCAGAAAAGCCAGAAGGUUUUUGCAGAGAAGCUGAACCACCUGAGUAGAAGACUGGCCUGGAUCAAUGCCACCAUCUACUCCAAGGACAAGAUGCUGGAUGUGUACUGGCUGCUUUGUGUUUGUAUUCGGACCAUCGAACACGCCGACAACACCGGCUCUUUGUUCGCCUUCUGUCCAGAGUUCUACCUCAAUGUGGCCAUGAAUGCGUACAGCGCCCUCAAGAACUACUUCAGCCCUGCAAACAGCAUGGAGGAGCUACCAGGCUACGAAGAAACGCUGACUCAGCUUGCUGCUAUCCUCGCCAAGCACUUUGCGGAUCCACGUAUCGUCGGAACAGAUAUCAAAGACUCUCUGAUGCAGGCCCUGGCCAGCUACGUCUGUUACCCACAAUCCCUCAGGGCAGUGGAGAGGAUCCCAGAGGAACAGCGCGUUGCCAUGAUGAGGAAUCUGCUGGCUCCGUAUGAACAGAGACCCUGGGCCCAGACCAACUGGAUCCUGGUCCGGCUGUGGAGGGGUUGUGGUUUUGGCUACAGAUACACUCGUCUUCCUCACCUCCUGAAAACCAAACCUGAGGACGCCAACCUCCCCAGUCUUCAGAAGCCAUGUCCGUCGUUGCUGCUACAGAGACACAUGGCAGAGCUGCUUAGCAUGGACAAAGACAUGGCUGCCUCUUUCCUCAACAGUGUCCUCAACCAGCUCAACUGGGCCUUCUCCGAGUUCAUCGGCAUGAUCCAAGAGAUCCAACAGGCUGCAGAGCGUCCAGAGAGAACUUUGGUGGACACUCGUCAGCUGAAGCUGCUGAACCAGGUGUUAAACCAGAGUGCAGCAGAGAAGAACCUGUUCGAAUCCGGGUCGUCACCUGAGACUGCAGUGGAUGCUGGUCCAGAACCUGGGCAGCUGACGCUGGACCUCUGCAGGGAGAUUGUUUGUAGUUAG